CUUCAAUACACCGCCGUCAAGUAACAUCAAACUAGCACAAGUAACAAACAGACACGGCAUGGCUUUGUGGUUACCAAACAGUGUAAAGGGUUUAACAUGCUAUUAGUGUUAGUUAUGGUUUGCUAUCUUCUAGAAAUUGCACAUUCUGACAGCUGCUUAGGUGUUUAUAACGAUCUAGUAUACGACUUCAAGAAGGGCGAGAGCUGGUCAAAUAUUGGACAAUGUCUUUUGCACAGGUGCAAAGGUGAUAACCAGGUGAUCGUUGAGAGGUGCCCAAACGUUACUCUCCAUAGAGGAUGCACACUUUCUAAAGAAGAUUCUACAAAAUAUUUUCCAGGCUGCUGUCCAUACCCACUGUGUGAUGAGACAGAGGCAGUGAUGUGUGUGGACGCCCAGGAUCGGUCCAGACAUGCUCCGGGUGACCAAUGGCAGCCUAGCGGCGAAUGUGUUCACAAGGAAUGUGUUGGUGGAGGCCUCACUUUGGUGUCCAAGUGCACCAUCAACCAACUACCCCCGGGGUGCUCGUACUUAGAAUUUGAUCUCAGCCUAAACUUCCCAAAGUGUUGUCCCAGAGUCGUGUGUGGAAACAAGACGGAAGAAAGUGAAGAAUAAAAAGGCUUUUGCCAGCUGACUGUACCUUAUGACAAAUGUAUGAAUACAAUUAAAAUGGCUUGGCUUUUAAUCACUUAAA